CAUCAACAAUAACAAACAAUAACGAGGCACACGUCGCCCACAACCCUCGCAAUUGUUCUUCUCAUUCAUUCUGGUAGACAUCAACAAUGUUGACGAAUAGCACCGAAUUCCGUUAUAUCGAUGAACACACUUCAGGCCCGAAGCCGAAAAGGUCAUUCCUGGAGAAAUUGAACGUGAGGCAUGGAUCGCUCAGUCUUCACAUACGUUCCAAGAAAAGCGAGCCAAUGAUGCGCGAACAUGGUCAGCAAUACGAUCAUUCAAGAACACCAUCAUCGUCAGGAGAAGAGGUGUCGCCCACAACACAAACAAAUCACAACCCUUUCGACUUCGAAUCGCGAUACUACGACGUCAAAGCUGAGCUUUGUCGUACCGAUGUGAAUUUAUCGCCCAUACUGCGACAAGAUGGCGCAUUUGGGAUUCCUCUCCAACAUGCCACCGCGCAAAACGACUGGGAAGGAACUUCUGAUUUCCAUAGCAUACAGGGCCUGCUACGAAGGCCAGCAUCGCAAGACUCGACUUCGGCGAAGCCAACCUACAUGCCUCUACCCGUGUCAAGAAAAUCCUCGUCAAGAGGCGCGUCGAGUGAAAUGUCUGAUGAGCAGAUUGAAGAUUGGCUAGAAAGACCGGAGGACGCAGAGGUACACCGAUACCGUAAAAUGUGGGAAGAUAGCGCAAGCUCGAGGGGGGGAUCAAUGGAAUAUUGAGUACGUGUAGAAGGAAAGUUGCAGUCAAAGAACACUGGUGCGAGGAGGCGAUUGUGCAAGUGACCCUGAUGGAACUCCAACCCAUCAAAGAGCGCUUGGAGACAACCAUGCGGGAGCAGAAUGAACCCAAAGAAGUCGCCACGACCUCUGAAGUCGAAGGCGUCCAGCUACUUCUCGUUCAGAUUAGGGUCAGCUCGCCAAGCGGUGAAAGUACUGCGCAGAAUAUACAGUAUACAGUCUCUUAGUUCUAGGUCGACUCUACGCCGACAAACUCCCUGGAUCCAAACUCAGUGCUGCCCUGGCCGCCAGCCUUCAGGAACGGGCUUUGGCACUACUAGUAGCGAGAUAAGCAUCAGCAAUAGCGCUGUUGACGAGUUUUGAACGCGGAGCAUCUUUCAUCCUGGCUGGUGGCAUUCUCGGAUACAAUUCUUGCGUGUAAACAUACUCAAGGACUCACCAUCUACACUCCCACAACGCA